AUGUUGAGCAAGAUUACCACGUCGAUCCAGGGCUUAGAAAGCCUCGUCGACGGUUUCAAUGCGGAUCAACACACAGAGGAUGAAAUGACCGAACUCAAGAGACUCGGAGAGAGACUUCAGGAGAUGGGAUCCUCACUUGUUAAAAAGACAGUGAAGGAUGAUAAUCUCAAAGCUUGUGAAGCCUGCUCAAUGCAAAGAUUAGAGGUGGAACGUCAGACUACGGACGUGAUUUCUAGCGGACGAGUCAGGGUACCAUCUCUAUUCGUGCGAACAAUCGGCACAAUCUUUAAUGGCCCAGGUGUCACAACCACCCCAACCAACCAAAGAAGGUGCGAAAGAAUUCGUGGCUUGAGGCCAGACGCGAUAAUCUGCUGGGCACUUUCGCUUAGGCCCUAUGCCUGGAGUGGAAACAAAAUGCGGAACGAUGUCUUUAACUACCUUGUUGAAUCUAUUGACACAAAAUCGACAAGGGCAUGGCCGCACAUGGUUCACCGGCUCCUAGAAUACGAUGGAGAAAUUUAG